UUUGGAUUACUCAAAUCUGUAUGUGGAUCACUCAAACUUGGAUUACUUAACUUCCGAACUUCCAAGGUAUGUUUUCCAAGGUAAGUACAGUAAUUCAAGUCUCUGGGAUCCACAUCAAAGUUUGAAUAAUCCAAAUCCGAAAUCAGUUUUCAGCGCGGUCCGUAAAUGCUUGCUCGGUUUAGCAGAACCGGAACCCCGGGAACUGAUUUGUGGGACCAUUAAAAGCCUGUGCGAUUCCACCUUAGUCGCCGGUGCUACACGUGUGUACGUGCGGGUGCGGGAAACCUGUUUCGGUCCGUGGAUAUGGCUGCCGGCUGCUAUGACCCGUUUGUUAGGCGGCCGCCGCGACCCGGACUACGCAGCGGCCGUAGUCCAGUGGAGGACAUCCGCCACGGAUGAGGUGCACACCCAGAUCGUCCCAUUGGAGAGUCUGGGUAGGGCAGCGCCGACCGAGCGCUGCGAGCCGCUCGAACCCGGGGUGCUGGCCACGGGCAGCUUGCCGCUGGAGUCGGGGCUGCCCCUACUGUCGCCGGCAGCGGCGGCUGUGGUAAUUCUGAUGACCAACGACCAUUUCAGUGGCCGACGGUGGAUGUGCGUCGGGGAGCUGCGGGACGGCCGGUUCCGCGUGGUGGUGCGCGACGCAGACUGGACCGGAGACGACGGCACCGCCCGGCUUCUGAAUAACCUGUAUUCCGGUGGUGAUCUCAGCGAGGGAGGGCGGUCAGAUGAAGUCCUGUCUAUUCAGGAAAUUUCGAAAAAUGGCGAUGGAGCGGAAUCGAACCGUUGGCUACCGAGUGUGAUCCACGUAUCACAGCCACUGUGCCAUCGCCGCUGUUGGCGAAGAUCAAGAUAUUUGAGCUUGAGCAACCAGGUCAUCUAUAAUUGUCUGCGCGGCCACACCCGUCACGUUAUCGUCGAGGAGGAAGCGUUUAGCAUGGAGGACAUUCUAGCCGUCCUGGGUAUGGUCAGUCACGAGGCGCAGCAGCAGCCCGGUAUCCGUCUGCAGUGUCUGCACAUUGUCGAUGUACAGCUGCGCCUGGUGUUGGACGACGCACCCAGCGAAAAUUCCCCAGUACUGCGGCCGCUCGUGGAUAUCAUGGGAGAUCAGUAUGUGCGUCUGGCGGAUUUUGUAGAGGUCAGCGGCCGCCUGCCGUGCGGCGACCUCCGCCUGCUGCACUGCACCGUGCGCCUGGGGUGCUGCCUGCACGAUCCACGGACCCGGGACAUGGCACUUGUGGCGCAUUUACCGGCCUACACCAUGGAUGCGGCGCUCCGGCCGCUGGAUGCCGGGUUCGGCGCGGCGUUGUGGCAGGCGGUGGAAGCGCCGCUGCCGGUAUUGCUGCCCGCCGAUCUGCAGACGUUUCCGUUGAAACUGGCCGCUGCCCACUGUUUGCCGGGGUUCGCCUGGAGCCAAAACGAGUGUGAGAGCGUCGUUUGCAAGGUGCUGUGUGCCGUACACUCGGCCGAUCCGCGUCCCGCCUCGCAAUAUUACCGGAAACGAUGGUGUCAGGAAGAUCUUAAGCAUUUGUCACUAGCGCCACUGUCACGCCUGGCCCAACAUUUUCUUCUCAAUCUGGCAGCGGGAUUUAUUACGUAGCCAUUUAAACAGAUCUGAAAAGUGCUCAUCGUCUGCCGCUAUGUAGAAAAAAUUCAGUGUCGUGUUAGAAGAUUUCCGAGGUACCUAAUUCCUGUUUUGUUGCUAAACUGCAGAAUUAUUUUGCGUUGAUUUUUCGGCUGUGCCUUUUUUUUAUUACAAAGCACUUGAUGCCAACGAAACCAGUUAAAAUUGUUCCCCACGGCGUGCGGGUGUCUUGCACAAGGACACGGUACAAAACUGCUAGCUGAUUACUUAAUACCCCUGUUUUGUAUUAAUUUCUGAUGUGCUACCUGUUGAGCAUUUUGAUUUUUAAUAAACCCCGAAGCGGAUGUUG